AUGACUGUAGAGACUUUUACUGAAACCAAAACUGUCAUUGCUUCCAGCACUACUAAUAUACAUCCAAACAUAAAAAGCAUUUAUGCAUCCUUUCCAGCAAAAGUCCCGCUUUCAGGUCUGGAUUGUUUUCACUACCCAUCCGAAGUUCUUAUUCAUUGGCUUUUCCGCUCGCCUCCUGCAGCAACCAAUGCCGUUAUCGACAAAUUAAAGGCGACACUCGCUGAAGCACUAGAGUUUUAUCCAUUGUUGACGGGAACGGUGUGUGGUCAUAAAAGUGGCGAUCUAUAUAUUGCCAUGGACGAACAAAGCCGCUCUGGGAUACCUUUUAUCUUUGAGAAAAGGAUUACACCGUACGAUGGUGACUCAGAUACAAUGCAGCCACGGAAGUUUACACAUCUGUUGGGUCCAGGGUCGAUAACUUUUAUUGUUAAAGUAGUCCAGGUAUAUAAUGAAAAAGAAAGACUACAUGUCACAGCUUCACCAUUUGUCUACAGAUAG